AUGACGGAAGCUCUUCCCCACGGCAUCGUCUUCAACACCCACAGCAUCCGCUCGGAGCUUAACCAUGACUCGCAUGUCGAGGUUGAGGAUGUGGCCAGGCUGUGGAGAGUCUAUACGACGAAUAAGACCACCCUGGAGAAAGAUGCAGGCCGACGGCUGGAGAACCUCUUUUGGAGGAUAUGGAGUAACGGACGGAUAAGCUGCACCAUCCGCGGCUACACCCUGGCGUUUCUCUUUAUCCAGAUCUCGGAAGGGGACUACACCACCGAAGAGUGGCUCAGGAAGGAAAGAGAGCUUGCUGGCCUUAAGCCAAGGGCCAUUCCUCACGGAUUUUACGUUGACAACUCACUGCCUAAAUCACCAUCCGAUCAGGGGCCAAGCAGGAGUAACAGCUCCAGGCUCACUCCAUCCGGCAGCAGCAUAAAAACAACCCUUCCCCCAUCCAUCCUAAAGAAGCCGCGGCCGCCGUCAGACGAACAGCUGCCUGACUCGCCUUCCAGGAGAGACGUUACCGCAUCCUAUUCGGGAGACAGUUUGUACCAGCAGUCUGACAGGUCACGCUCCGGCUCAAUCAGGAGAAAGAAGACCACAUUUGCCAGUAAUCUCACAUGCUCACAGGAGAUGGAGCCAGGUUCUCUCCCUCGAAGGAUCAACCGGCCUUUCCCCACGAGGACUCUCGACAGUCCUGCUGAGCUUCGGCCGCAGUCACCUCCAUCCAAGUUUAGGGGUCCAUUCGACGACAGCCCUGCUCAAUCCCCCACUUCGCGGCCCAAUAACCCUACCCCUUCCAGUCUAUCCAGAAAACCCCAGUUUAGGUCUCCGUUUACAACACAAUCCCCCUCGCAGCCCCAACAGAUGGGUUCAUACACUGCCCAGGAAGGCAAUUUGACUGCCAACAUAAGGAUGUCCUCAACUAUUACGGCCGGAGAUAAAAUGAUGCUGGAAGAAUACCUUGCAAACUCGCCUGUAGUCAUAGAAGACAAACCAUCAUCCGAACAGCCAUCUACAGCCUCCCUGGUUGAAAAGGGAUUCCGCUCCCGCUUCGUCAAGGAGCAAGUCAAAGUUAAAGAGCAGUAUCACCGCGUUUCCUCUCUUACCAACCUAAUCGACAGUGUCCAACCUGGGCAAGCGCCAGUUCCCAAUACUUCCUCGGCCUCCUCUUCCUCCACUUCUCCAAGGAAAUCGAAGCCAAAAUCAAAGCACUCGCCAACGCCGUCCGCUUGCUCUACCCACUCUACCACUGGUAAUGAUAAUAGUAAUAAUAGACCUUCUCCCACGAGAGCAGCAACAGCACCAUCACCCACCUAUGCCAGUUCAUCGACCCGGCGAGCCAAAAAAUGA